AUGAAGACAACUGUUAUGGAACGCACAAGAGUGACUUUGGAAACUGAGUCAAUUAUUGACAAUAUUAUCACUAAUAUAGAUAGCAAAGCAUAUACAACAAAGCCAACAAAAUAUCAACAUCUUCAAAGUGAUGUUGAGAAAAGAACAGUGGACAGACACAUUUCAAGCCCAGGGAACAGAUUGAAAACACAAUGCUUUCAAAGACACCAUAACACAUUACUUCAAUUUAGCAUUUCCAAAAACCAAGAGGAAAAGAAAAAUCUCAAAAAUAAGCAGUGGAUCGCGAAGGAAAUAUUAGAACAGAGACCUACCUUAAGAGAAAUGAAACAGAGAGAAAAUAUUGAAACCUACAGGCAGCAGCAGAAGAAAUAUGGGCAGUUGAUAAGACAAGAAAAAGUAAAAUCAAUUAAUGAGACUAUUUCAAAAUCAACAAAUAAAAUGAGAGCAGCUUGGAAUAUAAUUAACUCUGAGAGAGGCAAGGAAAAAUACUCACAGAAAACAAGAAGGUACAACAAAAUCAUCACAGAUAAAACAAAAAUUGCCAACAUCCUGAAUAAUAACUACACAGAUGCAAUAGAAAAACUAAAGCAUGGAUAUAAUAGCCAAGGAACUUACCAAACUAUUGUGACAGAUAAGCCAAGCCACUCAAUGUUCCUGAAACCAGUGUCUGAAAAGGAACUGACAAAUGUUAUGAAAAAGCUAAAAGCAAAAACGUUUGCUGGACAUGAUGAAGUGUCAAACUACCUAAUCAAGCAGGUGGUAGCAGAAAUAAUUACGCCACUACUGGAUUUUUCCAACUGCUCUUUCCAAGACGGAGUAUUUCCAGAUAAACUCAAAUUGCUUAAAGUAGUACCUGUAUACAAUAAGGGAAAGCACGACGACCCUAACAACUACAGGCCAGUAUCUUUAGUAUCAGGCUUCUCCAAAAUAUUAGAAAUUCUUAUGCUAAACGGACUAACCGCUUAUUUGGAAAAACAUAAUGUAAUAACUCCAGCACAGGACAGAUAUCAGAAAGGGAAAUCAAUGGGAACAGCAAUUGAAUCAUUAAACGAAUCAAUCGUACAGGCCUUGGAGUCUGGAGUUAUUCUUGACCUAUCCAAGGCGGUUGACACAGUUGAUCAUACAGUCCUAGUGAAGAAACUAGAGAAUACUGGUAUUUGUGGACAUACAGCAAACUGGAUAACAUCGUAUCUAAAUUGUAAGCCUAAUGACCUGUCCUGUGUUACAAGUACAUAUCUGUACAAAAGUACCACAAUAAACAAAUUUACACCGAAGGUAACACAUGACAACAGGCGUCUGGCUUUAUUUACAUCAUUGCCUAGCAACUCGGAGUUUAUCAGGUCUCAUUUUGUAGUUGCGCUGACACAUAUUCAGCUACUAUGUGAACAUUAA